CACCAACGUCUAUCAUCCAUAACACUACUCUGUUUAUAUGAACAAAAACUCCAAUUGGCCCUAUAUACCCUCCUAUUAACUCAUAUUAAAGUUCAUUAAAUCUCCCCAUCAUGGUUCUCCGCUGGUACCAAGCGAAGCUGGCCGCUCGGCCGAUAUUGACUCAGAGUAUUACUACCGCCGUCCUCUUCGCAGCCGGCGACACCCUCGCCCAACAAGCCGUCGAAAAGCGCGGCCUCAACAAACACGACUUCUCACGCACCGGUCGAAUGGCCGGCUACGGCGGCGCUGUCUUCGGCCCCGCCGCCACCUUCUGGUACCGCCUUCUCUCCCGCGUCAACCUCCAACGCCCCGCCCUCGUCCCCCCCCAACCCACCGGCACCCGCCCGCCGACCGACCCCAUCUCCAUCCCCCUCCCGCCGCCCGCCCCGGCGCGCCAUUUCCCGACGAUCCUUGCGCGCGUGGCGCUCGACCAGGCGGUGUUCGCGCCGACGAACAUGGCGGUGUUCCUGAGCAGCAUGGCGUACUUGGAGGGGGGCAGCGCGCGGGAGAAGCUGCGGAAGACGUGGUGGACGGGGAUGAAGAAGAAUUUUUUGGUGUGGCCUGGGGUGCAGGUGGUGAAUUUUGGGUGGGUGCCGUUGGAGCAUCGGGUGUUGGUGGUGAAUGUGGUGGCGUUGGGUUGGAACUGCUAUUUGAGCUAUAUCAACAGCCAGUGAACCUUGGAUCGUUGUUUGGUGGACGCGAAUACACAAUGGGAGGGUGAUGUCCGCUGGACGGGCCAUUGGAAUGGCGUACUAUUGAAUAAGUCGGUUUAAAUAGACCAGGAGCAACAUACAUCAAGAC